UUAGGUGUUCGCAACGAUGGACACCCAGAUCCAACACUCCAGAACCAGUCACGCCAUCGACGCCAUCGCGAGGCCGGGUCGUGGUGGCCAUGUACUCAUUCCAGGGUCGCAGCAAUGGCGAACUCACCUUUGAGAAGGGAGACAGGAUGGAGAUUCUCAAUGAUGCUGAUGCUGACUGGUGGUUAGCGCGACAUAUGACACAUGGCAUUGACGGCUAUAUUCCAAAGAACUAUGUUGCAUCCACAUCUUCACUUGAGUGCCAAGACUGGUACUUUGGCAAAAUAGCCAGGAAAGAAGCAGAAAAAUUACUAAUGACACGGGGGAACUUAAGAGGCACUUUUCUCAUCCGUAUGUCGGAACAAUCUAGUCAUGGAUAUUCCUAAGUAUAAGGGGUUGUUCUUUCUCAGGAUUGGGACCAACAAAAGGGAGAACAUGUCAAGCACUACAGAAUCAAGGUCACUGACAAUGGAGGCUUCUUCAUCACCUCAUCACAGGCUUUCCGGACACUCAAUGACCUGGUGGAUGCCUAUAAAAGAAACAACUAUGGGCUAGCAUGUCUCUUGCAAUACCCAUGUCCACGUCCACAACCCCAGAAAUGGGAUCUGUCACGAGAGACCAAAGAUCAGUGGGAGAUUGACCGUAACACUCUUUCCAUGAACAAGAAGUUAGGACAAGGUUCCUUUGGUGAAGUGUGGUAUGGUAUGUGGAACAACUCUACAGAAGUUGCCAUCAAGACCCUAAAACAAGGAGCAAUGAGUCCUUCUGCCUUCUUAGAAGAAGCCAGAAUUAUGAAAAAAUUACGGCAUCGUAAUAUUCUUGUACUUUAUGCUGUUUGUACGAAAGAAGAACCUAUACUAAUAGUCACUGAGUAUAUGUGUAAUGGUGCACUGCUAGAUUUGCUCAGGAAUGAGGGCGAGCGCACCCUCAAACUCAAUGACUUAAUAUAUGUGGCAACACAGGUUGCUGCAGGUAUGGCUUACCUAGAGAGCAAACAGUUGUUACAUCGAGACCUUGCUGCCCGUAAUGUAUUAGUAGGUGAAUCUUUGACAUGUAAAGUGGCAGACUUUGGCUUAGCCCGAAUUGUGGAAGGAGAAGACUACUGCCCAAGCACAUGUAAUAAAUUCCCUGUCAAAUGGACAGCACCUGAAGCCAUGCUGUACAACCGCUUUACUAUCAAGUCCGAUGUCUGGUCAUUUGGUAUUCUACUAAUGGAAGUGAUUACCUAUGGUGCUAACCCAUACCCAGGAAUGAAUAACCGAGAGGUCAUAGAGAAAGUCCAGAUGGGCUACCGAAUGGCCAAGCCUCCACGAGCUCCCGAUGAGUUAUACGAAGUGAUGCUACAUUGCUGGGAUAAGUAUCCUGAUCAACGACCUACCUUUGACUACUUGCAUCAUUUCUUCGAUGACUACCAGGUCUCCUCCGAAAUACCCUAUCGCGACAUCCACGACUAAUAACAACAUGACCCUGCCUGACCUCCACCCUCUAAUUCAGACCCUCCCAGGCCAGGACAACCUGGGUAAAAAACAGUCAGGAUGAGCAAUCGAGAGGUAACUGAAAUAGUCCCGAGCGGGUAUCGCAUGAGUAAGCCAGUCUCCAAAUACUGCCCUGACCAGCUCUAUGAGCUCAUGUGUCAGUGCUGGAAACUGGACCCCAUAGAAAGACCAACUUUUGUUUACUUGCACGACUUCCUCUGGAACUUCGACAUAAGCAUAGAGCGAACAUAUGAGCCAGCUGCGGCAGCCUUCUAGUGCUUGUCUGAUUAUCUGGGGAGUACUCACUUGCAUGGCUCUAGACUAAAUUUAAGAUAUACUUUUUGAAGGUCAUAUAUUUUUGGAUUAAUUUGAUCAUGAUUGGGGGAAGGGGAGUUAACUGAGCUGUAAUCCUGUUCACUGCAAAGGGCAUUUUAUAGCAUUUUGUUCAAAGAUAUCUGUAAGUGUUCCUUCAAGAGAAAUGCAAAUGUUUGAGAGUAUGUUAAUACAAAAUGCCUUAUAAUGCCUUCUUUUUAUAAUUGUAGACUCAAAGUUAAAUACAGUUUUGCGUGGAAAAUUAAUUCUUUGCUAAGCAUUCCAUGUUAGUUUAAGAAUCAAACUGUAUAGUUUGUUUAUUGUAAUAUAAAGUCAGUUCUUUAUUUAUGCAAAAAAACAAAAACAAAAAAGAAAAAUAAUAAAACAACAGGUCUGUCAUAUUUGAACAGUCUUGUUAUGUGUCAGGUAAAUGGCUUUAUGCCUCAUAAAUCUUCAGAACUAAAAUGUAUAUAUUUUUCUUUAUUUUUUAAAUGUAAUGCAUACUGAAUUCAUGCCAAUUUGUGUUGAUAAGGAAAAUGGGUGUUUAUUUGCACAGUGUGUGGGAUCAAUGAUGCUAUAAAGCAUUACUUACAGGUCAACAUUCCCUAAAGCCCCCUAGGGUAGAUAGAAAGUAACAAUGUAGGCAGUAUAUUUCGUGAAAUGUGAACAAACUAUGGUGCAUAUUGUUGUUAUAGGGAUGAUUCUAUUGACAUAUGUUCUAUUUAAUACUAUACAGUAUAUAUAUUUUUUCCAUAAAGUUCACUGUUUGCUGCUCGUUGGAAAGAAUUUCAUAUCAUUAAAUCAUGUUUAAGUGAGUACUCCCUGUGAUUAUAACAUCAGGUGAAUAAAGAGGGGAAGGUGUCUGGCUACAAGCAUUGUUCAAAUAGGUUGUUAAUUCACCCAGGAAAAGUUUAGAGUAAUGUAAUCUUUUUAUAAGGGAUUUAUUUUUUAAAAAUGUGCAACAAAAAUACUUAAAGAGUAAGCCAUGAAAUAUGUAAGAUUGGAUUUGCAGAUCAUCCCAUUGGCUUUGUAUCUAAGGGCUGAUGAUUUUCAGGUAGAGGUCAGAUAUUGUUGUUAGGUCAAAAUGUAUAAUGUAUAAAACAACAAACAAUUUUGGUUAGAGAAAUUAUUGAUAUACACACCUUAUUCCUUUUUAUUUUUAUUUUAUUAUAUCUGCUGUAAUAUGUGAACACAAUGAAGACAAUUGCAGUUUCCUGUAUGUAACUUGCGUUAUAGACAUGCAGUCUGAGGGAACAGAUCAGAUUCAUGUCAGAUAUGGAACUUUGUGGUUAUCAUGAAAACCAUUUUCCUGUAAAUCAUUGAAUGAGGAAUGUAGAAAGUAACUCACUAUUGAAAAUGUACAUAGAACACAUGAACGAGUUAAGCUUGGCCUUCAUUUAUUAUAAAGGACAGAAAACUUA